CUACUUUUGAGUUUAAAUUUAAUUGGGAUUGCGGAUUAGCUUAUCCUAAAGAAAAAUAGUAAAUGAAGCCAUAUUAUAUACCGGCUCUCGGUACCUUCGCUUCUUCUGAACAGAGCGUUUCCUUGGUUCUUCUAUUGUGAGCUCCAACCAUGAGCUGCUCUCCCUUGACCUCCUCCUCCUCCCCUUUCAAACUCCCCCUCUCCUUCUCCUCCCAAAGAAAAAAACUCCUCCUCUGCCGCCUCCCCCGCGCCGCCGCCGCCGCCGCCACCACCGCACCCGCCCCCGCCGUCAGCGUCCCCCGUGUCGUCCUCCACGACUCCCUCGACACCGCCGGCAUCGACACCAGAUUCGCCAGGGCCGCCAGGGAGAGCUUCUGCCAGCAGGUCGGAAAGCUGUCCGGGAUCGACUCGGAGACGAGCAUCACCAUCAGCAGAGGGGCUGAUCUUGCCAAGGCGGCGCUGCAUAUUGCGGCGGAGGAUGAUUCCCUCGUCUCGCACUCGUCGGUUCCGCUGCCCGUCGAUGAGUUUAUCGGCCGGCUCGAUGAUCUCUCUACGGGCUUCUGCUCGCUUUACAUGCCCCCCACCAAUGCACCGCCGGAGAUUUUCCUUGGGAACUUGGAAAGAUACUUUUAUGUUCACAAGGGGUUUCGCAGAGUGGAGAACAUGUGUGAUGCAAAGGCGUUAUAUCUCCACUCAGUUUUGACAUGUCGAUCAGGAUCUGCGAUUAUGCUGUCACUUAUAUACUCAGAAAUGGUGAAAAUGCUAAAGAUAUAUGGCUUUCUGGAUUUUGAUGCAGAGAUCUACUUUCCCCAUGACUUUGGUAGUCUUCCUAGGGGAUACCUGAAACAGAAAAGUAAAAUGUCAGAUCAACCUCAUAUCAUGACAUCAAAGUCACUCCUUGUGGAGGUACUAAGGAAUCUAAAAGAUGCUUUCUGGCCAUUCCAGUUUGGUCAUUCUAGUAGUUUAUUUUUGAGAGCAGUGCAUGCUGCAAAUCACAUUUAUGGACCAAGUAGUGAAGGGGAAAGUGCUUUAGAGAUAGCUUCUGCCAAGGCUGCUCAGCAUAGGAUAGAGCGUGGAGUGUGGACUACUGUGCGUUUUGGUGAUAUGCGGCGUGCAUUAGCAGCUUGUGAACGCCUUGUAUUCCUGGAUGUUGAUUUCCGAGAACUAAGAGAUUAUGCAGUUCUCCUAUACCAUUGUGGAUUUUAUGGGGAAUGUUUACAGUGCUUGAAAUCAUAUGAAACUGCAAAGAGUUGUUCUCCGCGUUCAAAAUUUCGAUCCAAUCCAAUAGAGGAGUUGGAGGAAGAUGCAGUGGAGAAUCUAAAAGCACGUUUAAAUCUCAUUUUAGGAGAGGAAGGUUGGAGCAAGUGGAAGAUAGGUACUAGUUAUUGGGGUCACAAUUUGGAACCAUGGUAGGAUCCUCUCUCAUGUAAUCCGCAAUGAGUAAGCAAUGAUCUGGAAAAGCAGCAUUCAACCAUGGCUGAACAUGUGAUUGGCGCUGGCAAAUGAUGAUGGAAUGAAGAUUCCAAGACCGAGCAGCAAGAGGCAAACUAUAGAAAUGUAUUACUGUAAAUUCCACGAUUAUGUAACCCAGAAUGGAUGUUGCUGAUGGAGUGGGCUAUCGAGAAUAAGCAGCAGCCCUUUCGAUACAGUUGAUUUCUUUCAAUAAAUGCAUGCUUAUGCAGGUGGGAUUUGAACUGGCACAAAAAGAUUCAGGUUUGAACCCAGUAGUGGCAUUCAGAUUGUAUUCAAGGGGGAAAAACCUUGAUUGUUGACGAGUGUUAUGUCAAAGUUCUGAAAGUUUCUCCUUUGCAUUGAUGAAUCUUGAUUCCCUUUUUUAUAAAAAGCUCUCUCUUGUGACAUUAU